ACAGUGAGAGAGGAAGUCAUAUAAGAAGGAGGAAUCACACGCAAACACAGAAAUAGCUUGGGAUUGUAGGACCAGAGAUGACCACCUCAACCAUCUUUUUAUCAUUGAUGCUACUAUUGCAGAGUGGAGACUCUUUGAAAUGUUACACUUGUCUUUUCCCAACAAUUUCACCCCUGGAAUGUUUAAAAUUCCCAGUUUCCUGCCCUCCCUCUGAAAGGUGCCUGACUUCUACAGCCUCUGGGAGAAAAGGUGACUUCCAGUUUGUUCUGCGUGAGAGAGGCUGUGCCAUAAACAGCCUUUGUGACACAAGUGGCCAGAGAAGUACACUGGGCAUAAAUGUGACCUUUCAUAACACUUGCUGCGACACAGAUCUCUGCAAUGCUGCCACAGCAGGAAAAUUAACUCUGGGAAGUGUGCUGCUGUCAUCCCUACUCUUGUUUAUUCUAUUUCAUCCCUAG